AGUCGGGGGCGAGGAGGAGGAGGAGGAGGAGGAGGGAGGAGGCGGCGGCGGCGAAGCAGGCGAGCAGAGCAGCGCAGACGAGGAGGGAUGCGGACGGGUGAAGAUGGCGGCGUCGUCGAACAACCCGCGGAAAUUCAGUGAGAAGAUCGCCCUGCACAACCAGAAGCAGGCCGAGGAGACGGCGGCCUUCGAGGAGGUCAUGAAGGACCUCAGCCUGACGCGCGCCCACCGGCUCCAGCUGCAGAAGAACCAGUAUUUACAGCUCGGGCAGAGCCGCGGCCCGUAUUACGGAGGAUCUCUGCCAAACGUCAACCAGAUCGGCUGUGGCACGAUGGACCUGCCCUUCCAGUCCUGCCGGCCACGCGACCACGGAGACCGUCUGCGGACAAACGCCAGCUCCCUCGGCCAGGAAACGGAGACACCAUUUCAGUCUUCAGGCUUAGACACCAGUAGGACCACCCGGCACCACGGGCUUGUGGACAGGGUGUACCGUGACCGGAAUCGCCUCAGCUCACCACACCGGCGCCUGCUCUCUGUGGACAAGCACGGCAGACAGGUGGACAGCUGUCCCUACGGCACCGUCUAUCUGUCCCCUCCUGCAGAUACCAACUGGAGAAGGACCAACUCUGAUUCUGCCUUGCACCAGAGCACAAUGACUCCUGCUCAGGCAGAGACUUUCUCUGCCGGGACACAGGACAUGCAGCAAAAAAGAGUCUUAUUGCUAACUGUGCCCGGCAUGGAAGAGGAGGCCUCAGACAGAGACAAGAACCUCUCGGAGCAAGAAUGGGACUCCAAAAAGACCGGAUCAUCAAGGCCUAAAUCCUGUGAAGUUCCAGGAAUCAACAUCUAUCCCUCAGCUGACCAGGAAAACACUACUGCCCUCGUCCCCACCACUCACAACACAGGCGGCUCCCUGCCAGACCUGACCAACAUCCACUUCCCUUCUCCCCUCCCGACACCACUAGACCCGGAGGAGGCCCCGUUCCCGGCCCUCACUGGCUCCAAUAGCACUGGGAACCUGGCUGCCAACCUGACCCACAUGGGCAUCAACACCGCCGGUCAGGCAGGGCUGACGACCACACAAGCCUCGCAGCAGCAGCAGCACCAGCACCAGCCGCCGGCGGGCAACCCGCUCUCGCUGAGCACGGACGCGCGGAGGACCCAGGCCGCGCAGGUCUCUCCGACGCUGUCGCCCAUCGCCCAGGCCGUCGCGAUGGACACCCUCUCCAUGGAGCAGCAGCUCCCGCCCUACCCGUUCUUCUCCCAGGGGAGCGCCCCCCCACAGCCGCAGCCGAACCAAGUGGCCAGCGCCCCCCUGAUGCAGAGCCCCGGCUUGCAGCGUGGCGUCCAGCUCCCCCCGCUCUCGGUCACGGCCCCAUCCGCGAUCCCGCAGACUCCUCCGGGCAGCCAGAGCCAGACCCCCAUGGGGGUAGAUAUCAGUUCGGGUUCACUGCAGCAGUACCGCAGCAAUGCCGGCUCCCCGGCCAACCAGUCUCCCACUUCUCCUGUCUCCAAUCAAGCUUUCUCUCCCGGCAGCUCCCCUCAAUUCGAAGUCUUUGGCAGUCUAAUGCAAAAUGCAGCGUGCCCGGCCUUGGCUUAUUGUCAGAAUCCUCACCAGCAGGCGGAAUAUCAAAGCAGAUUUACUGCAGCUCCGGAACAGCAAACCUCCAUCCUGGGAAGCGUUUUUGCUGACACGUCUUACGACCAGCAGAUGAUGGCCAGGCAGGCCAACGCUUUGUCCCAUCAGCUCGAGCAGUUCAACAUGAUCGAGAACGCCAUCAGCUCCAACAGCCUGUACAGCCCCUGCUCUACCCUCAACUACUCCCAGGCAGCCAUGAUGGGGCUCACCGGGACCCCCGGGAGCAUGCAGGACACCCAGCAGCUGAGCUAUGCCAGUCACGGGAACAUCCCCAACAUCAUCCUGACAGUGACCGGGGAGUCGCCCCCCAGUCUGUCGAAGGACCUGACCAGCUCCCUGGCCGGGGCAGGUGACAUCAGCUUCGACUCGGAUUCCCACUUUCCGCUGGACGAACUCAAAAUCGACCCGUUGACCCUGGACGGGCUGCACAUGCUCAAUGACCCCGACAUGGUCCUCGCCGAUCCCGCCACCGAGGACACCUUCCGGAUGGACCGGCUGUAGGGGGGCGGGCCAUGGGGAGGGGGCCGCGUGGAACCACCAAGUCCCGGGGCGCCUCUGCCACUCCGAAGAGGGGUCCAGCCUGCCCCAGGGUAGGCCUUUCGCAGGGCUUGUCAUCCACUCGCCGGGUGGCCGUCCUGCCCCCGCCCCACCUGCCCGCUGCCCCUCCGUGGUGCCAUCUGUCUCCCCCUCUGUUCGCCUUGCCAUGGGAGAGGGCGUUUCUCCCGUAGCGUCUCCCCCCCCUCCCCUCCCCUCCCCUCCCUCCGCUUGUCACCAAAGUUCCAGCGUUGGGUCCUUUUUUUAUCCUUUGCACUAAAAGUUUUCUUCAUUCGGCGGGAGGGUGGAGUUGUCCGGCAGACCAACUGGUGUUUUCUUGUUUUUGCCAUUUCUCUGUAACCCACCCAGUUCACGGCUUCUGUUACAGAACCAGCCACCUCCACGCGAAGUGGGGGGCAGGGGAGACCUCGACGGAUUUUGCCCGGCCCGAAGCAGCCCCUUGCCUUGCGGAGCCGGGCCCGGGUCAAAGUCACGGCCUUCCCUGCGGAAACGGAGGGUGGAUGAGGCGAGACGAAGCCCUGGAGAGGGCCGUCCGAGAGUGCUUCUUCAGAUAAGUGUCUUGAGGCAGCUGCCCCGGGGGGCCUGGGGGCGCUGGAGUGGCUUCCAAGUGCAUGCCUCUUCCAGGCCUGGCGUCUUGUCAGUCCUCCAGAAACCCACCCCUGGCCCAGUUCGCUCAUCUCCUCGCGCGCUCAGCAGGCCGCCUCAGCGGCUCCUCCGAAGCACCAUCUGCAGAGACCAUGUGCCCCCCCUGUUUGCACCACCCAGGGUGUAAAAAAAAGUGUUAUUUCUGAGGAGGGAGGCGCCCAUAGGGAAAAAGCAAGAGCGGACUUUUCUAGCUGCGCUUGCAAGCCUACCAUUUCGUGCCCCGAAGCAGUGGGACCAGACGUCUCCUCGAGGGUUUUUUUUUUUUUUAAGAAGUGCUUUUGAAACAUGCGGUCUUUUCUUUUUCUGUUGCUUGGAAGAGAUGGUCCUUGUUCUGUAUUUUUAAUACAGGUCUCUUUCUUGCACACCAAGUAUGUGUCAAGCAGGGAAAGGGAGCGAGAUCCCCUCGGUCCAGGGCAUGGGCCAGCCCAGGGAGCACCAUGGGCCAAAUCCUAGGACUCCCAAGUUGACCGAGAGGGGUUAACCCUGGGCCUCCUGGGGAAAAUUUUAGAGGUCUGCUGAUUUGGUGUGCUACCAGGUCAAAGAGAUGCUUGUUUACUGCAUGCCUGGCAUGAAGGAAAUUGACAGGGCUGGGACAGUUUCAAGGAGCACCCCCAGCUCUAAAAAAAUCCCGGUAUGCUUUUUUGCUUAAUCUGGAGCGCUCCAGUUUCCAUCAGACCAAGGCCUGCGGGCUGUGUUGAGUGCCCGAGAACUCCUCUGAAGCUCAAAGGAGGUACCCUGGGACACGUACAGGGUUACUUCCUGUGCGUGUUUCUUUUCAAAAAUUGGC